CCAAUCACGAAGAAAACGAAAACUAACAAGAAGGCUGCGGGGAAAGAACGUGUGACUUGGAAAAAGAAAAAGAACAAACUUUAUUACGGCGUUUUAUCACCUGUAAAGGUGCACAGAAGUUUUCUUGGCAAUCAAGAGACUUUAGAAGACAUUGAGCUGAGCGUCUUUGAUGGCAGCUCCAGGCUUGCAGCACCCUGGCUUCCUCCUGGCCAAUCUUAAAGUGGACUUCCCAAACAAAACUGUGGCUCAGCGAUGCCAGGAUCUCGUCAAGAUCAUCGAAGACUAUCAUGCAAAGGAGCUGCACGCGAUCUUCUCGUGGCUGGUGGAAAGCAUUUUCGGAAGUUUGGACGGUGUCCUGGGAGGCUGGAACCUUCGCCUUCUCCAUUCCCGAUGCAGCGACUUUGCACUCGUCGUGGAUUUCCUGAUGCCCAGUGGGCCCAUGAUGAAACUGGUCUACAAACUUUUAGCAGAAGAAUACAAAUAUGAAGUGCCCGUCAAUUAUCUGCCGUUUCCGGUGAAGACUUCCAUCCAGGAAGGUGUCCUUCCCGACUGUCCGCUCUUUCACAACCGGCCUCACUUUCCCAUGUCUGGCAUGCUGACUCUCAACAUGGCGCUGAAUCCUUUUGAGUUCUUCAUGUUCUACUUUGCUUCCUGUCUCAUUACACCAAAGAGCUUCCCUGUGGGCCAACAUGGCGGCACCACUGACAGUGCCUACUUUGUGUUGGUGGACAUGUACCUCAAGUACUUCCUGCCUACUGAAGGAAGUGUGCCCCCUUCUCCCUUUUCUGACAACAGAGGCUCCGUCAGCGCACCUUCUCCGAGGUCGACCAACAUUUCCUUGACAGGUUACGGCCUCCACAGUCCGAGUCUGCUGAAGCAUCACAUCUUCCAUCAGCCGUCCGUCAAUGCCGACCCCGCAGCCCAGGAAAUCUGGAGGUCUGAAACGCUACUGCAGAUGUUUGUGGAGGUGUGGCUGCAUCACUACUCUUUAGAGAUGUACCAGAAGCUUCAGUCUCCUCAGGUGAAGCUGGCGCUGCUCCAGUACCGCCUCAGUAUGUCCAGCAUGCCGUGUCAACCCCACAGCCCACCAGGCUCAGGGACCCUCCACACCUACCAAGAACCGUUCAGUCCGAGUGAGGAGCACGUCCUGGUGGUGCGUCUGCUGGUCAAACAUCUCCACGCCUUCUCCAACAGCCUGAAGCCGGAGCAGCUGUCGUCUUCCCCGACCCACUCGCACGCCCAUGCCAGCCCCCUGGAAGAGUUCAAGAGAGUUGUGCUGCAGCGUUUCGUCCAGCAGAAGCUUUUCUUGUUCCUGCAGCACUGCUUCGGCCACUGGCCUCUGGACGCCUCCUUCCGAGCGGUGCUGGAGACGUGGCUGAGCUUCAUCCAGCCGUGGAGGUACGCUGACAACAAGACCGUUAACUUGCCAGCAGAUGGCGGCAGCAGAGGCGACCCCGAGAGAUGGGAGUCUUUCGUUCAGGAGAACCUGCUGGUUUACACCAAACCCUUUCAAGUGUUCCUCAACAGAGCCGUGCGCAUGGACCUGGUCAACGCCAAGAAUGCGCUGAUGCUCUUCAGGGUGGCCAAAGUCUUCUCUCAACCCUACCUCGCAGAGAUGAUCCACAAGGCCGAGCAGCUGUUUCUGGAGCCGGAGAUGGUCCUCCAUCACCGGCAGCCGCGAGGCUGCCUAACGCCCGGCCAAGGAGGCAGCUUCCUGUCGUCCCGUCAGGGAGGCGGCUUCCUGUCGUCACGGCAACGCACCGUGACUGAUGCCGUGUUCCGGGUGAAGAGUCACCUGUACGCCUUGGAAGGCCAGGACUGCCGGUACAAACAGAUGUUCGGGUCCGAGCUACGAGCCGUGGUGGUGAAAUUGGUCCAGAUCGUCGCGCAAGCCAGACAGACGGCCAAACGGGUCUCGGACCGAUCUAGCCAGGCGGCAGCCAACAAGUCUUUCCUGUCGUGGUUGGCCCCGCCUUCCUCUGAUUCCAACAAUGGGCUUUACGGCGUUGAGCCGGAAGAGAGCAGCGAGUGCCUGAAGAAGACUCACGAGUUCCUGGACAAGGCGCUGGAAAACUUGUGCACCAUAUUUAAGCUGAACCAGAGUCAGCUGACCCAGCUCCUCGCCAAUGUGGCAUCCUCUCAGGAUGACGACGAGUCCAAGCGGCUGCCCGAUUGCACCGUGGGAGAGCGCGGCUUGGUCCUCACCGACUUGGGAAGGCAGCAGCUCAUUAACGGACUGCGCAAGUUCGACAUUCAGUACCAAGGCGACCCGGAGCUACAGCCAAUCAGGAGCUACGAGAACGCGCUGCUGGUCAGGUUCUUUUACAGGAUGUCGUCGCUGCUCAACACCAAAUUUGAAGGCCACAUGACCGAGCUGUGCUCGCGGACGGAUUUCGCCGGUCGUCUGUGUCGUCGCUACCUGGCCGGUCCCGAUCCCGACGUGGCCCUGAGCAGGAGUCCCGCGUCCCCUCGGAUCUGGGACAGGAAGCGGCGGGCGGGCGUCAGCUUGCGUCCGCUGGCCAGCUACAGGACCCUCCUGGCGCUCGGCUUGUGCUACGUCACGGGCGCCCUCUUAUCCUUCGGUCCCGUGGCCAGCACCCUACUGAUCCUCGCCGCCGUAUUCCUGCACGGAGUCGCCGUGACGCUGUGGGCGGACAAGUGGAAGACGCACUAGAGGGAAAGGUGUGGAACCUUUAGGAGGGGCAGAGCAUCGUCAGAGGAUUCCAGAAGCAGCUCCUGUAAAAAAAAUCAGGGUUACAAGAUUUUUUUUUAUCAGAAAACACUCAAUAAAAAGUUUGUUUUU